AUGAGUGAGAACAACGCAGUUCUUGCAGCCCUUGCCAAGCAAGAUGGUCUCAACUCCCUCGAGCUUGCUCAACAACUCGGCAUCGCUCACGACAAGCUUUACGCUAUCAUCCUUUCUCUUCAAGCUCUCAACUUAAUCACAUUCGAGAACAAGACAGAGCAGAAGAACGAAGCAACUGCUGAAGGCAAGUUCUAUGCCCAAAAUGGUACACCAGAGUUCAAGUUCGCAAAGUUUGUUUCAGAAAACCCAGGCAAGAACGCUAAGGAACUCACAGCCGAAUUCACAGCUGCCUUAGAGAAGAUCUAUCCAGCUCCACUCCCAGUCAAGGCCCAGUCCAUGGCAGCCCCAUGCUUCGGCAAGGCCAAACAAGCCGGCUACAUCAAAGUCGAUGGUGGCAACGUCGUUCCAGCCGAUAUCUCAAAAGACAAGGUCCAAGAACUCCUUGCUGACUUCGAAGCAGGCAAGCAGAUCAACAACAAGGAUGUUACAGAUCUUACGAAGCGUGGUCUUAUCGCCAAGGUCAACGUCAACUAUUUCAUCCUCCACAAAGGUGAUAAAUUCGUUGACUCCAUGGACAAGGUCAAGAAGGCUGUUGCCGAGCUUACAGAAGAUAUGGUCAAGUCAGGCGAAUGGCAGAACGUUGAUUUCGCUCCACUCAACUUCGAAGCACAAGGCACAAAGAUCCCAUGCGGCCACGAGCAUCCACUUCUCAAAGUUCGUGCAGAAUUCCGUAACAUCUUCUUCCAGAUGGGCUUCGAAGAAAUGGACACAUCCAAGUGGGUUGAGAACUCAUUCUGGAACUUCGACUCUCUCUUCCAGGGCCAGCAGCAUCCAUGCCGUGAUAUGCACGAUACUUUCUUUCUUUCAAACCCAGAGUUCGCACAGCCAAUCCCAGACCACGACUACUUCCUCCGCGUCAAGGAUAUGCACGUCAACGGUGGCAACGGCUCAAUCGGUCUCCGCUACGACUUCUCUGAGCAGAUUCCACUCACAAACAUCAUGAGAACACAUACAACAGCAGUUUCAUCAAGAACACUCAAGAUGCUCGCUGACGAGUUCAAGGCAACAGGAGAACUCCGCCCACGCAAGUUCUUCUCAAUCGAUAGAGUUUACAGAAACGAAACACUUGAUGCUACACACCUUGCUGAAUUCCACCAGGUCGAAGGCUUCAUCAUUGACAAGAACCUUUCCCUUGGCGACCUCAUGCGUAACAUCAGAGAAUUCUUCUCUCGUAUCGGCCUCAACGACAUCUCCUUCAAGCCAGCUUACAACCCAUACACAGAGCCAUCAAUGGAAAUCUUCGCUUACCACCCAGGUCUCGGCAGAGAAAUCGAAAUCGGUAACUCUGGUAUGUUCAGACCAGAAAUGCUCGAAUCAAUGGGAAUUCCAAAGGAGUACACAGUCAUCGCUUGGGGAUUCGGCCUCGAAAGACCAACAAUGAUCGAAUACAAGAUCGAUGAAAUCAGAAAACUCGAAGGACCAAACGUUUCACUCGACCUCAUCGAGAACGUUCCAAUGUGCCGCCUUACAUUCUAA